CACCUUCUGCCUCGGAAGUGCAUCAUGGACCGGGUCCAAGUCCAGCGGGAUCUUGCGGAGAUGAUGAUAGUCAUCCGCCGCCGAAGAAUUGUUAUCGUCUCGUUAUGCUGGGGUCUGCUCGUGCGGGAAAAACGUCUCUCGUGGCAAGAUUUCUCGGCGGCAAGUUUGAGGACUCGUACACGCCAACCAUUGAAGAUUUUCACCGGAAAUUGUAUCGCAUACGGGGCGAAGUGCAUCAACUGGAUAUUUUAGAUACAUCCGGCAACCAUCCGUUUCCUGCCAUGAGACGACUAUCAUUUUUAACAGGGGAUAUCUUCGUUUUAGUUUUUAGCAUGGAUUCGCGCGAAUCAUUCGAGGAAGUACAAAGACUGAGAGAACAGAUUCUGGAGACGAAAUAUAGUGCAUCUCUGCCACAAACACAAGGCACGAAAGUGAAAAAAGUCAUACCGAAAGUGCCGAUGGUGAUUGCCGGGAAUAAGUGCGACAAGGAUAUGAAAACGGUCACCGUCGAAGAAGUCGAAGCCUACGUAAAUUCGCAAGACAAUUCGUGCGCCUUCGUCGAAACAUCGGCAAAGAAAAAUCUGCAUGUCGACGAUGUCUUUUACGAGCUCUUCAACGUGGCUAAUUUGCCGCUCGAGAUGGCACCGAAUCACCAUAAACGCGUAACCGCCGCCUUUGGAUCGCCGUGCACGUUGCCGCCCACGCAGCACAGCAACACGCGCACCAAGAAGGCGCUCAGCAUAAAGCGUAAGUUAAGUGAUGCGUGUGGUGUUGCCGUUCAUGUUCGACGUCCUAGCAUUCGGACAGACCUCAUGAUAAUGAAAACCAAAACGAGUUCAUUGGGUGACGGAUCCAGUUCGAGUGCCAGCAAUGCAUUUAACUUCAGUAAAUUAAGUAGAACAACAACGGCUAAUUGCACGAUACAGUAA